UCUGUAAUUUAGUUGGCAAAAUUAUCAAAAAAAUUCGCAUUAAAUUUUAAUAUACAAAGCAAAAUUUUUUAUUCAAUGAAAAUAACUCAUCAUGUUUCAUUUUAAAUCUGUAAUUAUUAUAUGUUCAUUAUACUUUAUAGCCGAAUCAUUGGGUUUCAUUGACAUAGCUUUUUUAAAUAGAUGUGUUAAUAUAAUUAAAACUGAUGGAACUAAUAAUGGUUUGCAAAAUGAAGAUAUGGCUGCUAUUGCUCAUGAACGCAACGUUGAUUUCGAGUACAACCUAUCACAUAAAAAAGGAAAAAACAUCAAACGUUUGUUGAAGCAUAUGGCUGAAUUCUGUGAAUCACAUGAAGAAGUGAAAAUAGAUAAACAAGAAAUGAAAAACAUUAUAAAUGGAUUUAAUAGUUUUGACAAAAAUGAAAGUGGUGUUUUUGACUGUGAUGACUUAAAUGCAGCAUUUUAUAAUCAUUCCACGAAAAUAUUUGGUUUUGAUAAACUUCGUAGCAAUAUGAUAACUAAGUGUAAAUCAAUGAAAAACUCAGUUAACUAUUCACACAUAUGUUUAAGUUUUUUGGAACAUAAGAAAAUUAAUAAAAUAUCUAUAAAAACCAUAACAGCAAUGGUACCGAAUAAAAACAAAAAAAAGUGUUUAUAUCUGAUUCAAAAAGAAGUAUGUAUGGAAAUCUUGAAUAAACUAGAUCCUAAUACUAUAAUUUCAAAAGAAGUCAUCAAUGGAUUGCCGAAUAGGGCCCGUAUAAUUAUAACAACAUUAAGUAAGUAUGGCCAAAAUAUCAAUCACAAUUUUAAUUAUAAAGAAAUCAAAGCGACAUGUGAAGAAUUGAAUGAUUAUCCGAACAUAGAGAAUAUCGAGGCAAAUUUAAUAAAAAUGUUCUCAAAUGGUUGUAAAACACUCAAUUACGAACAAGUGUUGGAAAAAUUCGUAUUUGUAGUAAAAGAAGAAGAAAAUGAGCAAUUAAUGUUAACCGAUUAAUAUUGAAAACUGUCAGUAAUUAUCGAAUGAAUUUGCUCAUUGGUUUUACAUGCAUACCCGUGUUAGUAUUUAUUUGUUUUUUUUUUCAAGCGAUCAUUUAAUUUUCGAAAACCUUCUAUAUGAAACAUUUUUUAUUAAUUUAACUAAAUUUGAUGUUUUAUUUUUUCGCACCUAUUGUAAUAUAAAAUACUUUUAUGAAUGCAUAUA